GCCAGGUGAACAAGUGAAAGAGAAACGCGAAUCUAUAAAAUAAUUACACACAAAAUGCGCGGACAAUUGAAAACAUUUGGAGUGGCCAGCUUAGGACUAGCUGUGGUGCUUCUCCUGCUCGCGGCCACCAGUGAGGCGAAACCCAUGGACCUGUACGACGAUGUGAGCGACUUCUUUGAUGCCAUCUCCCUGGACGAUGUGGCCAACACUGGUCGGAAUACGCAUCCGGAGCAGUUCUGCCUGAUGCCGGCCCGCAAGGGUGUCUGCCGGGCUCUGAUCCCGCGGUGGCGCUACGAUCCGGAGCAGAAGAAAUGCGUGGAGUUCAAGUUUGGCGGAUGCGAUGGCAACGAGAACAAUUUCCCCAGCUACAAGGACUGCAUGGCAACCUGUGAGGGAAUGUGAGGAAGAGAGCUCCCCAGCGCGUCAGACGAUUUGUUGCCAAAGGCGCCUGCUUUUCCUUCGAUUCUGCAAAGUAGCGAACCAAAGGCAGCAUAAACAAUGUACUUUAAACUUUCACCCACAUCACAAUCCAAGCGAUUAACUGUUCUUUUCUACCUAAUAUUUAUGUAGUUUCUGUCAUUGAUCCAUUUAUUUUGUACUUUUUUUUGGGUGUUGCCCCAUUGCCUGCCACCCAUUUAGAGCUUAAGUUAUUGUGAUAAAAAAUAUUUACAAAAUAAAAGAUUUACAAAAAUA